UCAGCGAAGCCGAAGCAUUCUGUCUUCCCAGGGACACAAAUCCAACUUAGCUGAGCCAAAGCAGAUAUAAGUCAUCAUGGUGAAAAGCCACAUAGCCAAUUGGAUCCUGGUUCUCUUUGUGGCCACAUGGAGUGACAUGGGCUUCUGCAAGAAGCGACCAAAGACUGGAGGAGGAUGGAACACUGGGGGGAGCCGAUACCCAGGACAGGGCAGUCCUGGAGGCAACCGCUAUCCACCCCAGGGAGGGGGAGGCUGGGGUCAGCCCCACGGUGGUGGCUGGGGACAGCCCCACGGUGGUGGCUGGGGUCAGCCCCACGGUGGUGGCUGGGGACAGCCCCAUGGUGGUGGAGGCUGGGGUCAAGGUGGUGGCACCCACAAUCAGUGGAAGCCCAGUAAGCCGAAAACCAACAUGAAACAUGUAGCAGGAGCUGCUGCAGCUGGGGCGGUGGUAGGGGGCCUUGGCGGCUACAUGCUGGGGAGUGCCACGAGCAGGCCCCUUAUACAUUUUGGCAGUGACUAUGAGGACCGUUACUAUCGUGAAAACAUGUACCGUUACCCCAACCAGGUAUACUACAGGCCAGUGGAUCAGUAUAACAACCAGAACAGCUUUGUGCAUGACUGUGUCAACAUCACAGUCAAGCAGCACACGGUUACUACCACCACCACCAAGGGGGAAAACUUCACUGAGACGGACAUCAAGAUGAUGGAGCGUGUGGUGGAGCAGAUGUGCAUCACCCAGUACCAGAGAGAAUACCAGGCUUAUUACCAAAGAGGGGCAAGUGUGAUCCUCUUCUCCUCCCCUCCUGUGAUCCUCCUCAUCUCUUUCCUCAUUUUCCUCCUAGUGGGAUGAGGAAGGCCUUCCUGUUUUCAUCAUCUUAAUCAUCACCAGGUUGGAGGAGGGGGUAUCUACCUGCAGCCCUUUAGUGGUGGUGUCUCAUU